CGAGUUUUAAUGUUUACAGAACAUUAUGAAUCGCACGUUCUUUACUACGAUAAAAAUGCAUGAGUCGAAAUCAAUGACUCAGGCUUUUCGAAGAAUGAAUUCUGUUUCUCGUAUUUUGAUAUAAAGUUAGUUCCUAUUUAGUAAGGAAGUAUUUACCUAUUUAUUUGAAAUGUCAAUAUGACAACGCAAAGUCAUGAUAAAAUUGAAUCCGAUAGACCUCAAACACCAUCGCAAGAGGAUUGCUGCGGCAAUUCUUGUAAUCCAUGCAUUUUUGAUGUUCAUCAAAAAUUAUUGAAAGAAUGGGAGGAGAAAAAAAAUUGUAAAUUUAAUGAGCUGAGAGGAGAAAACUAUUUAUCGCUCACCAAGUACAAGAAAUUUGUUGUUAAAAGUAUAAUUGAGGCUUCAGAAAAUUGUAUUUAUCUCGAAAUUGAAUGUGUUCCAGAUGAAAGAUGCAGACUUUUUUUAACUCCAGGCCAACAUGUUAUGAUCAGAUUAAACUCGACAUCAAAGCCCUAUACUCCAAUAACUUGGAAUGACAAAAAAAUUAAAUUUUUAAUCAAACUUUAUGAAGAUGGAAUAGCUAGUAACUGUUUUAAAAAAUUAAAAAUUGAUGAAGAACUGUUUGUCAGAGGUCCAUAUGGAGAUUUUAUUUAUAAUAGAAAUAGUUAUCAAUAUGUAGUUAUGUUAAGCAUCGGAACUGGGAUUGCUGCUGUUUACCCAAUUGCUGUUUCAAUUUGUAAAGAUGAAUUAGAAGAUACCAGAGUUCAUAUGUUUAUAGGAUUUAGAUCUAUAUCUCAUGUGCCUUUAAAAGAAGAAUUGAGAACACUUACAGAUUAUUGGAAUUUUGAAUGCACACUGUGCUUAAAUGAUAAAAUGGAUGCAAGUAUAUCAGGAGUAACAGUUGUCAACAAAUACUUAAAAGAAGAUUAUAUUCAAAGUCUACUGGACUCUUAUUCCAAAGAAACAACAUUAAUAUUAAUUUGUGGAACUCCGGAAUUUAACAAAAUAACAAAAGAACUAAUGAUGAAAAGAGAAUUUAAACAUUAUGUUUUUAGUUGAUAUCUACUAAGUUUAAGUGGAUAAAUGUAAAUAAUCAAUGUAUAUUGAAUUGUUAUUAUGACUAAAAAAUCAUAGAUAUUGUAAAUACAUUUUGUUGAAAAAUAUCCAAUAAAUGAAUUUUGGAAAGUUCGA